AGGCUGGUCAGGCUUCGAGGCAUGCAGCUCGGAGCGGGAGCGGGUGGGGGGAGCGAGGCGACUCUCUGGGGCGGGUUGUGGAGCUCGUUUGUGGCACUCUCCCCCUGGCCCUGAGCUGCCUCUGCGUCUGCACUUUGUACUCAGCCCCCAAGUCAUCAAGGGGGCCAUCUGGGGUGUCUGGAGGCAGAGCUGAGACUGCUGGGUGGCGCGGGGCCCCCUCAGGAGCCCCAGGCCUCCGGGCCCACGCACCCUUGGUGCUCACGUGCUUCGGCUCUGCAGCCCACCCGGCAGUCCCUCCACGUGUUGUACCUGCAGCCCCCUCGGCCAUUGCCGGCCACACCCAUGCUCACGGCGGGCUGACCAGUCCUGGAACCCCUGGUCGGGGUGAAGGUGGUCCCAGUGUUGUCCCGUUGGCCUGGCCCUGUGAAGAUGACAGGCUCAGAGACGGGCAGGGCCACCCAUCCAGACCUCCCCGGGGUCGGGGAUCACACACAUGUCCGGGUUCACGUCUGGCCCAUCGGCAGCACCAGGUUGGUCCUCUGGGGCGCCUUCUUUUGGGGGAUGUGGGUAUUUUCCCCACCCUGCUGCCACAUCUGAGCUCCCUCCUAACUCAUCUCUGUGGCCCCCCCACCGUCCCUGGCCGUGGCCCCUCUGAUGCUGCCCUGCUGGCCACCCUCACCUAGCCCCCACGGCCCCGGGAGGACCCCCCCCCAGCACCUUCCAAGGUGUUGCAUGGAGCUCCAGGUGGGGCCGGCUCGGACAGCACCCCCCGGGAUAGCUCAGGGGGCUUGACCAGCAUGGUGACUGGAGGACCAGGAACCUGGAAGCCCACUUGGUUUUGUCUGUGUGAGGUUUGUAUUGGUUCGUGAGGUCAGGCCUGGCCCACUGCCUGUGGGCGGGUGACCCGGUGCUUUGGGCCUCGGAGCCGAGCCCUGAGACGUCCCAGCUCUUGACGUUUCGGCACUCUUCAGCAGACCCAUCCCAGGCUCCCUUCCUUCCUGCCCUGCCAGUCUCCGCUGGGGACGGCCUCCAGCUCACCUGGGCUGUAGCAGCUGGGAGUAGGGGGGGAGUCCCCCACACUCCGUAGAAGAUGAGGUCUUUCUUGUGCUGGGGGCACUGGGAGGGAGGAGCCCGCUGCCUUGGUAUAGAUGGGGUAGGGGAGCCAUUCUGCAGAACAGAAGGGCUCACGGCAGGGUCUGCUCCACCACUGCCCGGACGACGCUCUAACGUGGCUGUGACCUGUGAGAGCCGCGGCUCGAUUCCCCGAGGUCCCGGCUCGUCUCUCCAUCUCGGCCUCGUUUUUCCUUCUGUGGUGGCAUGGAGGAAGUGACCUGGGGCCACCUCCACCCUGGGCAGCCCUGACUUCCCCGUGUACCUUAGGGUCCUUGUCAUCCCAAUCCGGACCACUGCUCCCAGCGGUCACCCUGACUGCAGGAGGCACUGGGAGGUGGGGAUGUGUCGAAGCCAGAGAACAGUGAGGAAGCACUUCGACCCUCUGAUGGCCAGGUGAGCCAGCUCCUGCCAGAGCCCGGUCACUCGCCCUUGGAAGCUGUCCUGACAUGCGGUAGGGUCCUGGUGGGUGGCCAGGGGUCUGAGGAAGGGACCAGACCUGGAGUCGGUGGGGCCAAGUAGGCCACAGGCCAAGUCUGGUGGGGAGGGGAAACAGGUCACCCCAGAUGCCCUGGCUGCAGUGGCUUCAGAGCAGGCCCAGGACACCUGCCAUGUGGAGGCCAGAGGCCAGUAUUGACAGACCCGGGGAGCUCCACAGAGAGCUGGUCUAGGGCCUGGUCCACGGUCAGCUCCUGGGUGAUGGUGCCUGAGGCCAUGAAGGAGGUGGCCAGCCGGGCUGGUGGGCCUAUCCAGGACCUGGGCCUGGAUGUGGGCAUUGCCCAUCAGCUUGGCUGUCAGGGAGGCACCUGUCCCACUCCAAAGCCCAGCUGGCUUCGCUCCUGCCUCCCCGUGCUCGAGCCACCGAGCCUCUGGUCCCGACAUAGCAGGUGCUCGGUCAGAAAGACGCAGUCUCCCUGGAGCACGUGGCCACGUCUGAGCAUGAGGGUCCCUGCGGGCAUGUCCUCAGCCCACACUGUGGUUCAGCUCCCUGCGGGGGAGGCAAGUUCUGUCCAUCUGCUCCCGGUGACCGCCCAGGGACCCGAACAGUGCUGGGGUGGGGGGUCAGAGAGUGAGGGUAGCCCUGCGUGCUGCUGAUCCUCACCCCCAGAUGCCUUGCACGCCAGGAGGGUUCUGCAGAGGCCACUGGUGCUGUGGGGAGCCAGCACCAGGAGCAGCUGGAAGACACCGUCGCGGCCCCUCACUCAGGGGUUGGAGCACAGGGGUGGGGUCACUGCCCAGGUGCCCCCUACCCAACUCAGCACCAGGGCCACCCACCCCCACCUUUUCCUACAUCUGCUGGAAGGCAUCACGGAAGACAUCCCCCCGGAGCAGGGCCAGGAUGGCACCAGCCGUGGCCAGCAGGAAGGGCAGCAGCCCCUGCAGCCCACCUGGGAAGCCACAACAUACAAGAAGCCCACAGGCCUGGCUGAUGCAGAGUGUGGUGCUGGCAGCCUCAGCCCUGGCCCUCACGGACACCCUCGGAAUGUCCAAGAAGACGAGCGGCCACCUAGCUGGUGGCCGUGAGCAGGUCUAUAGCUGUGAGCAGAGGUGAGGCUCAGCAGGGCAGGGGACAUCAGCCGGGUGAAUAGCCACAGCCCCACCACCCACACGUCUGCCUCAGGCCAGCUGGGCUGGGUCACUGGUUCCUGUGGCUGCAGUCCCCAUGGCCUCAGGGACACAGCGGCAAAGGGAAACAUCCCUGGCCACCUACUGGACCUGGCCAGUUCUGGGGGGCAGGAAGGGGCCCUCUUGUUUCCUUGAGGCUGGGGCCCAGCUGCAGGCAUGCAGCCACCCCCGGCAAGUACCACCCGGCAAAGCGGGAAACCGAGGCCCUGGAACCUGCUCGCAGGGCAGUGGCUGAGCGAGAAUGUUGCCCCGGGGGUGCCUGACACCGGGACCGUCCCCACACUCCUCUCUCAAAGCCGAGAGACCUGACUCUUACGUGGGCUCUGGUCAGUCAUCGGACCUCUCUGGCCCUCGGUUUCCUUCUCUGUAAAAAGGUAAAAAGCCAUCUGCAGUGGGUCUUCAUUCACAGAAUGAAUAUUCUGCUCUGGACUGGCGUCAGGGCGGAAACGGGCUCAGGGAGAAAGGGGCUGACCUCUCAGAGUCAGGAAGACCGCCAGCCGACGAAGGCUUCCUGGAAGAGGCCGCCUGGUGCAGAGACCCGUGGCAGGUCUGCUCCAGGCUCCAGGCCAGCCUAGUCUGGUUCUUUUUGUUAUUUUGCCCACACUGGGGAACAGGUGUUUCGAGAAACCGGACUGGAGACAGCCUACUGAACUCGGGGCACGGACCCUGCCGUUGCCAGGACGUGGGUCCUGCCGGGGAAACUGGCCGCCCACCCUUGGACUCAUGGAGCUGAUCAGAUUAGACGGAAGUGCGUCCACACCAGCGAUCAAACCAGGAGUGACCGUUCAUCCGACUGCUUAGCCGUGACUGGAUGCCUUCCCCGAUGAGGAACAGAUUUAGUCCUGUGAACGGGAGAAAAAAAGGCCUUUUCUUUUUGUGCAGAAUAAGCAGCCCCACAUUUGUUUUUUUCACCCAGAGCAUGACAAGGCCAGCAAUAGCCUGGGGGCAACGCCUGACAGAGAGGAAGGACAAAUGGAGGUCGUGCACGAGGAAGGAGAAGCCAGCUGCACGCCUGAGCGCAACUUGCAAAACCCGGAGCUGAGCCUCGCUGGGAGGAGACGGGAAAGGAAGGCACAUCCAGGGGGCGGGAGCUUCGUUCCAGGAAUCCUUCAUUCCGGUGAAGUCAGACUCACCCACAAUCAGCAGGGUGGCCGCACCAGCCAGCAUUCCCACCAGCAGUGCCAAAGAGAUCCUCUCUCUCCGCGUCCUCGCCGGUGUCAGGACUAGUGGGGUGGCCUGCAGAGAUCCUGUGGCGGCACCAGGUGGGGGACCCACCCUUGCCCACUGAGCCUCGUCUCACGGCACGAGAAAUGAGGCAGUGAGACGCUGUGAAGUAAGGCGUCAGCUCCCAACUCGAGCCUGGUACAUGCCCGCGCCCCCCAGGGGAGGCCCAGGCUGGGGCUGCUCUCCACCUGGGGCCCCCCCUCCUCCCGGGUGACUCCCCCCCACCCCAUUCCUGCGGAAGGAGCAGCCUGCUCCCAGCUGGCAAGGCCUCCUUUGUUUGGCUCGACUGACCUGAGGGGGUGCCGGACUCUUGGCCACUUCACUUCCGGGUUGAGGAAACCAAGGCAAAGGAGGCUCGGGUUUGGUCGAUCGCCCUGAAAGAACCACAGUGCAGGGCCCCCUGGCACCAGGGGAUGUUCCCAGGGGACUUUCCCGGGGUGUCCUGGGGCCCAGCCCAGUAUUCAGGGCCAAAAGGGGCUGACCAUGGCCUCAUCCACGUGGGGUGGGGACAACGGCCCAGCUGGGGUCUGGGUCACCCGCAUGAACAUGCCUGGGGAGGUGAGGGUGGGGUCACGUCCAUCAGCACUCCUGGCACCUCUAGCCAAGUCUGAGUGGGAGCGGGGGUUAGCCAAGGUUGGUCCCAGGGCCCACCUGGGAGGGACCCUGGCCACCCCAAAGAAGCAGGCUGGGGGGGGCAACCCGACCCCUGCCACCACAGAUGCCCCCUUCCAAGGUCCUUGCCCUCGGCGAGUGUGAGGACCCCCCCCCCCCCAACCUCUCCUUCAGGGUCAGUUCUGCCCUAGUGCCAGCUGCUCCGGCCACACCGCGUGACCCAGGGCUGGCUGCACAGCGUCUCUGUGCUUGGGGCUGACUAAAUGACCAUGCGUGGAAGACCCAGAACCUGUCCGGCUCCCCUGCCAACUCGCACCAGAAGGACCUGAAGUUGGGAAUGUGGUCUGACUUCAUUUUCUGUCGCUUGAAGACCAGAUGGACAGAAAAGGAGGCUCGAGAGCAGGCUCGCAGAGGGAGACAGAGCUCUGCUGGGGACUGUUUCCACGUCACACACAAACACAGGCACUCCAGACUGGCGGGAACAGACUUGAAACCGCAGGUCGAGCUCAGGCCACUUCGGAAGCUGCAGACCUGACGGCUGAAGUGCCUCUGUGGCCCCAACCUGGCCUUCUGGGGGUCCCCACCCUACCUGGGACAAUACUCCCUGGAAAGCGGCUCUCCACCCACUUCCACACCCCACACUGGCUGGCAAGGCCCCCUGAACCCCACUCUAAAAAUGCAGGGGAACCGCCCCAGAAUCCCUAUCCACCCACUGCCUCACCCAAGGGACUGGCAGACAAUGGCCUUGCAGGCUGCUCUGCCUCCACUGGGGUCCCGUGGGACCCCCACCCACUGUAGCCUCCUGCUCCUGCUUCUCAGCCUUGGGUGGGUGCUACCUUCCAGAGUCCGGGCUGCAGACUCACAACCGGGUGUCAUGACCCCCUGGCUGCAAGGCACCUCCCGGGACCUGUCUUGGCAGCAGCCUGAGCUGACCGUCCUCCUCUCGAGGGACCAGCGGGACACAGAGAAGAAAGCCUGCCCACCAGAGCGGAGGGCCCGUGUGGUGGAUGAAAACCUUGUCUUCUACGAGCCCUGGGAGCUGGAGGUCUGUGUAGAUGGGGCCCUGCUGGCCGCUCAGAUGGACCGGGUGAACAUGGUGCCCUUCACCUACCAGCAGCUGGGCGUUUUUAAGCGCAAAUUGGACGAGCUCUAUCCACAGGGGUACCCCGAGUCCCUGGUCCGGCACCUCGGGUACUUCUUCCUUGAGCUCACCCCCGAGGACAUCCACAAGUGGAACGCGAUGUCCCUGGAAACCGUGAAAUCUCUUCUUGAAGUCAGCAAAGGGCAGAAAAUGGAUGCUCAGGUGGCUGCCCUGAUUGCCCGCUAUCUGGUGGGAGGGGGCCAGCUGGACAAGGCCACCCUGGACACACUGGCCGCUUUCCAUCCGACGUACCUGUGCUUCCUCAGUCCUGAGCAGCUGGAGUCAGUGCACCACAGCGUUGUUUGGGCAGCCCGGCCCCCGGAUCUGGAUGCAUGCCGCCCGGCCCAGAUGGACGUACUCUAUCGCAAGGCCCGCCUUGCCUUCCAGAACAUGAGCGGGUCUGAAUACUUCGAGAAGAUGAAGCUCUAUCUGGGUGGGGCCCCCACGGAGGACCUGCGGGCUCUCAGCCGUCAGAACAUAAGCAUGGACUUGGCCACAUUCCGGACGCUGCGGCCCGAGGCAGUGGUGCCGCUGACCGUUGCCGAGGUCCGAAACCUUCUGGGUCCGAACCUGGUGGGCCUGAAGGCGGCGCGGGAGAGCAGCCCCGUGCGGGAUUGGAUCUCACGACAGCGGCAGGAGGACCUGGACAGUCUGGGCCUGGGGCUCCGAGGCGGCAUCCCCAAUGGCUACCUGGUCGUGGACCUCAGCUUCCGAGAGGCCCUCUCAGGGGGCACCCACCUGCUCCGACCCGGACCUGUGCUCACUGCGGUCCCGACUCUGCUGUGGGCUUUGGUCCCGAACUGAGCCCGCUGCUCCGGAUGCUGGACCCGCCCUGCUGGAGGCCCUGCCUGGCCAAAGCGGCCCCGGUGCUCCCUGGCCCGCCUCAAGGGGACUGGGGUUCAAUAAAAGGACACUUUCCUUCCCUGCA